AUGGCGGGGCGGCUGCGGCGGCUCGGCGGCGUUGCCUUUAGGCAGCAGAAAUGGAAAAGUUCCCUCUCCACACAAGCAAAAAUGCCUCCUUGUGAUUUUGUACCUGAAAAAUAUGAAUCCUAUCCCUAUGAACGCAUGCAGAAGAUCCGUGAACAAAAUAUUGCACCUUCACUGAAAACAUACUACAAGAGGCCAUUGCUGCUGCACCAGGGGCAUAUGCAGUGGUUGUUUGAUCAUGAGGGACGAAGAUACCUUGAUCUCUUAGCUGGAAUUGUCACUGUCAGUGUUGGACACUGUCACCCGAAGGUAACUAUGGCUACCCAGAAGCAGCUGGCUCGCCUGUGGCAUACCACCAACAUCUACAUGCACCCAGCAAUCCACGAGUAUGCGGAGAAGCUAGCUUCUCUUUUUCCAGAUCCACUGAAGGUGGUUUAUCUCACCAACAGUGGGUCAGAAGCCAAUGAUUUAGCUAUGUUCAUGGCGAGGCUACACACUCGUAACUUCGACAUCAUCUGUCUCAGAGGAGGAUACCACGGAGGCAGCCCUUACGCACUGGGCUUGACAUCUCUGACUUCUUAUAAGCAUGGCGUUGCCAAUGGCUUUGGCUGUACAACUACAAUGUUACCAGAUGUUUUUCGUGGUCCAUGGGGAGGCAGCCAUUGUAGAGAUUCUCCAGUGCAAACUGUUCGAAAAUGCAGCUGUACUGAAGGUACAUGUCUUGCAAAAGACCAGUACAUUGAACAGUUCAAAGAUACUCUGAAUACCACAGUGCCCAAGACAGUAGCUGGAUUUAUUGCUGAACCAAUCCAAGGUGUUAAUGGAGCUGUUCAGUACCCAAGAAAUUUCUUAAAGGAAGCUUAUCAGCUUAUACGGGAAAGAGGGGGCCUUUGCAUUUCAGAUGAAGUGCAGACAGGAUUUGGACGCACAGGCAGCCAUUUCUGGGGGUUUCAAACACAUGGUGUGGUCCCUGACAUCGUUACUUUGGCAAAAGGAAUUGGCAAUGGCUUCCCAAUGGCAGGUGUUGUUACAACAAAAGAAAUCGCAAGUUCCUUGGCUCAAAACCUUCACUUUAAUACGUUUGGAGGAAACCCUUUGGCCUGUGUAGCUGGAGCUGCAGUUCUUGAGGCUAUUGAAGAAGACGAUCUACAAAAAAAUAGUGAGGAUGUGGGAACAUACAUGCUGCUGGAGUUGGCUAAACUACGGGACAAAUUUGAGAUUGUUGGAGAUGUCCGUGGCAAGGGACUUAUGAUUGGAGUAGAAAUGGUGACAGAUAAGGACAGCCGAUGCCCUCUUCCAGCUGAAGAAAUCAGUCAGAUCUGGGAGGACUGUAAAGACAUGGGGGUUCUGAUUGGCAGAGGAGGGCUCUACAGUCAGACAUUCAGAAUUAAGCCUCCUAUGUGCAUUACUAAGAGGGACGUCGACUUUGCUGUGGAAGUAUUUCGUACUGCUUUACAGAGACACGUGAAUAAAGCAGCUGCAAAGUAGAAUUGGUUUGUUUCCUUACAUGAGAGGCACACACAAUCCCUGACACUUGCAACCCAAACUGGGCACUAAUCUACCCUGGAAAAUAAAAUCACAGUGUGACUAUUACAU